AUGACACACUGGGCAAUACUGGUGGGCGUUGUGUACUACGGGCCGCACCGUAUAGAGGACAACAAACUCAAAGGAUGCGUCGCUGACGUCGAAGACAUGGAAGCGUUCCUUAAGACUCAGAUAUCUCCGAAGGUGUCUCCAGCCAAUAUCUUCAAAUUGACUUCAAGUCAUCCUACGGAGGGCACUGAGGAACCUCCUGAAGCACCCAAAGAACGGGCUUCUGGUCGCAAUUUCAUAUCUUGUUUGAAACGUGUCAUAGAGCAUGGCGAAGAGGGCGACAAUGUGUACAUCCAUUACUCUGGACAUGGUAGCAAAGGCAAAGGUGCGGAAGACGUUCUCCUCAAUUUCUACGCCAGCACGAAAGGAGUAUCACAAUUGCCUGGCGAAGUCGUGGCGAACCUUGUCAAAGAGAUGGUGAAUAAGAAAAUACAUGUUACUGUGGCCUUUGAUUGCUGCUUCUCUGGUGCCACCAAGCGCGGUUCAGCACAUGGACUCCGUUUCAGCAAUUACAUCGAACCAACGGAGGGCUCUGACGACCUCUCUGCACCAAACGCCAUCUUGGAGAAUAUUGAACCGAUUUAUUCCGCCUUCCGAAAUUCUCAAGUCAUUCCUCACUGGAUAACGAAUCCUCAGGGCUACACGAUCUUCUGUGCCUGUACCCCGUUACAAAAAGCCGAAGAGGUGGUAGAUGAAACUAUGAAAUCGUGUGAGAUUGCAGAUCCGGAACACCUCCCAGUUGCGGGGAGACCCAAUGAACGUGGAGCAUUUUCUUUUCUCUUGCUCCGAGCCCUGAAGCAACUUAGACAGACCGGUAUAGCUGUUACCGAUGGUUCACUGUUUGAGCAUCUGCGUGCUCGCUUCCAUGCUCGAAUACCGAACCAGAGCCCAGUUUUCUACGGGAGCAAAAGAACGUCUUUUUUCACCGACAAAAGUUCUUUUCCGAGCGACAAAAUCACGGCUAUUUUCAAGAAGAACGGACAAUUUAUGUUACGGAAAGGCUCCGCUCAUGGUGUUCUGCUUGGGGAUGAAUACAUUCUUUUCCCGCUGAAAGAUAGUGCAAAAGCCUCGGACAGACAGCUCUGCACUACCAGCUGA